GCCGACAACUCCGCCCCUGCCCAGCAGGGGGCGUGCCCGCCCCGACGCGUUCCAGCCCCCGAGGCCGCUCCCCCGGCCUGCGCCUCCGUACACUCCCGCUCUGCCUCUCCCGGGACAGGGGUCUGUCUGGUCCGAGCCCCGUGGGAGGCUCCCGGAGCGCAGCUUGGGCCCAGCCCACCAGCGCCUGAGGCCAUGGCGGGCACCGUGGACCUGGACAAGGGCUGCACGGUGGAGGAGCUGCUCCGCGGCUGCAUCGAAGCCUUCGAUGAUUCCGGGAAGGUGCGGGACCCGCAGCUGGUGCGCAUGUUUCUCAUGAUGCACCCCUGGUACAUCCCGUCCUCUCAGCUGGCGGCAAAGCUGCUCCACAUUUACCAACAAUCCCGGAAGGACAACUCGAAUUCAUUGCAGGUGAAAACGUGCCACCUGGUAAGGUACUGGAUCUCAGCCUUCCCAGCGGAGUUUGACUUGAACCCGGAGCUGGCUGAGCAGAUCAAGGAGCUGAAGGCUCUGCUAGACCAAGAAGGGAACCGUCGGCACAGCAGUCUCAUUGACAUCGAGAGCGUCCCCACCUACAAGUGGAAGCGGCAGGUGACCCAGCGGAACCCCAUGGGACAGAAAAAGCGCAAGAUGUCCCUGUUAUUCGACCACCUGGAGCCCAUGGAGCUGGCCGAACAUCUCACGUACUUGGAGUACCGCUCUUUCUGCAAGAUCCUGUUCCAGGACUAUCACAGUUUCGUGACUCAUGGCUGCACCGUGGACAACCCCGUCCUGGAGCGAUUCAUUUCCCUCUUCAACAGUGUCUCGCAGUGGGUGCAGCUCAUGAUUCUCAGCAAGCCCACAGCCCCGCAGCGCGCCCUGGUCAUCACACACUUCGUCCAUGUGGCAGAGAAGCUGCUGCAGCUGCAGAACUUCAAUACACUGAUGGCGGUGGUCGGAGGCCUGAGUCACAGCUCCAUCUCCCGCCUCAAGGAGACCCACAGCCAUGUCAGCCCUGAGACCAUCAAGCUCUGGGAAGGUCUGACGGAACUGGUGACGGCCACAGGCAACUACGGCAACUACCGGCGCCGGCUGGCAGCCUGUGUGGGCUUCCGCUUCCCCAUCCUGGGUGUGCACCUCAAAGACCUGGUGGCCCUGCAGCUGGCAUUGCCUGACUGGCUGGACCCUGCCCGGACCCAGCUCAAUGGGGCCAAGAUGAAGCAGCUCUUCACCAUCCUGGAGGAGCUGGCCAUGGUGACCAGCCUGCGGCCACCAGUGCAGGCCAACCCCGACCUGCUGAGCCUGCUCACGGUGUCUCUGGAUCAAUAUCAGACGGAGGAUGAGCUGUACCAGCUGUCCCUGCAGCGGGAGCCACGCUCCAAGUCUUCGCCAACCAGCCCCACCAGCUGCACCCCGCCUCCACGGCCACCAGUGCUAGAGGAGUGGACCUCAGCGGCCAAACCCAAGCUGGAUCAGGCCCUCGUGGUGGAGCAUAUCGAGAAGAUGGUGGAGUCUGUGUUCCGGAACUUUGACGUCGAUGGGGAUGGCCACAUCUCACAGGAAGAGUUCCAGAUCAUCCGUGGAAAUUUCCCCUACCUCAGCGCCUUUGGGGACCUCGACCAGAACCAGCCCUGGGCCUUGUGCCCGGCCUCUGGUUGGAUCCUGGGUAUCUACAAGCAGGGCCUCAAAUGCCGAGCCUGUGGUGUCAACUGCCACAAGCAGUGCAAGGACCGCCUGUCAGUGGAGUGCCGGCGUCGGGCCCAGAGUGUGAGUCUGGAGGGGUCUGCACCCUCACCCACACACACCCACCAUCGCGCCUUCAGCUUCUCCCUGCCCCGCCCUGGCAGGCGAGGCUCCCGGCCUCCAGAGAUCCGAGAGGAGGAGGUGCAGGCGGUGGAGGAUGGAGUGUUUGACAUCCACUUGUAAUAGAUGCUGUGACUGGAUCAAGACUCAUUCCUGCCUUGGAGAAAAGACUUGGACCAGAGCAGGGAGCCAGGGGGAUGGGGAUGGGGCGGGGCUGGGACAGGAGCCUGGGGCUGGGGGCGGGGCGUGAGGGUGGCAUGCAUUGAGGGCAGGACCAGGGCUGGUGUCCCUAAGGUGUACAGACUGUUGUGAAUAUUUGUAUUUUCCAGAUGGAAUAAAAAGGCCCGUGUAGUUAACCUGGA